GGCGCAGAUACCCGGAUGAGGCAUGUCCGACCGUAGUGGUGGCGGGUUGCGGUUGCUCUGUCUCCAUGGAUACCGGCAGAGCGCGAGCAUCUUCCGCGCGCGAACCGGGUCCCUGCGUAAAGCCCUGCGCGGGCGCGCAGAGCUCCUGUACGUGGAUGCGCCCCAUUCGGUGGACGCGCCUUUCCCGUCAGGGGAAGCUGCCUCAGGCUCUCUAGAAGCCGACUCGAAGGGCUGGUGGUUCUCCAACCCCCAGGAAGGGACGUUCAACGCCCUGGAAGAAGCUUCUUUCUGCAAAGGGCUGGAGGAGUCCCUAGACAGCAUUGCCAAGGCCUUUGCGGAGCAGGGCCCCAUCGAUGGCCUCCUGGGCUUCAGCCAGGGAGCGGCGUUGGUGGGCAUCAUUUGUGCUCUGAAGCAGCGCGGAGACCACCGCUUCCCCUUUGACUUUGCCAUUGUGGUGGCUGGCUUCAGGAGCCACGCCGCCCCACACCAGGACUACUACCAGGAACCCAUCGCGGUGCCCAGCCUGCACGUCCUGGGCGAGACGGAUCGGGUCAUCCCAGCUUUGAUGAGCAGGCAGCUUGCCUCCUGCUUUGCAGAGCCCUUCACCCUCAUUCACACAGGGGGCCACUUCGUCCCGGCCUCCGCACCCCAAAAGAAAGCCUAUCUGGAAUUCUUGGAUCAGUUUGUAAAGUGACUGCGCUGGGGCCCAGUGCCCAGGCGGCUUUGGGGCUUGGCCGGAGUGGGACCUCCGGCGGAUGAAGGUUUAAAGGGCAGCUCUUGGCCCGCCUGGUCACUGCUGUGUGAUGGCCAGAGAAUCCUAUUAGUUUUACAACCACUGCCUUGAGGGAUGAGUAAACUGGGACUUGUCAGAUCUGAAAAU